CUAACUAGGUGUUUUCAAAUGAUGAAAUUGUUGUCUACGAAUAAUCAACAAAAUGAGCGUAGAUAUAGCUAGCACGAUCAAGUUUCGGGACAUAUGUGACCUGUUCGAAAAGCUAAAGGCCACCAAAAAGGUGGUCAACAAGGAGGAGAUCCUCAAGAGCUACUACGAGUCCUUCUGCCGACAUCGGGAAUCCUUUCGCCAGCAAACCGGGUUGACCGAUGACCAGCCGGAGAGUGGAGCAAGUAGCUUCUAUUCCGUAUUGCGACUUCUGCUUCCGGGGGCAGACACGGGUCGCGAUACCUACGGACUACAAAUCACGGCACUGGGCAGGCUCUACAUUCGGGUUCUCCAGCUGCCCGUCGAUUCCAGCGAUGCCAUCAACUUGCAACAUCGAACUGCAAAUAUGUACCGGGACUAUGGCGAUGUUGUCUAUGCCGUACUCAAGCCGAGGUGCUUCAAUCCACCCAGCGAUUUGCGGCUGAAGCACAUCCACGAGAUGCUGGACACCAUUGCCAAUGAAGACACGGAAGUCAAGAAGCAGCAGCUCAUCCGGUUCACGGAGCAGGCUUCACCCGAGGAGCAGAAAUGGCUAAUCCGUCUGCUGCUAAAAAGCCUUGGUCUAGGUAUCGGGGAGCAGAAGAUUUUCGGGGUGCUGCACCCCAAAGCGCAGGAUAUCUACCAGCGCUGCUCCGACCUGGGACAUGUGUGCAAUCUGCUGGCGGACAAACCUAGCGAUUUAGACACCAGCACGGAUAGCAAGGCAGCGGUGAAGUUCGUCAACCUGAAUGCCGUCAUCCGGCCAUUCCAUCAGAUAAGGCCAAUGCUGUGCGAACGAUUUCCGGGUGAUAUCCAGGAGCUGAUGCAGUCGGAUGUGCUCUAUCUGGAGACCAAAAUGGAUGGUGAGCGGUUCCAGCUGCACAUCGACAAGGGACGCUUCAUGUACAUCUCUCGGAAUGGCGUUGAUUACACCCGGAACUUUGGCGACAGCUACGAUCGCGGCACUUUGACACCGAAGUUGAGGGGCCUGCUGCCGCUCGGAUUGCAGUCCAUUAUCCUUGAUGGCGAGAUGAUGGUGUGGGACACAAACCAAAAGCGCUUUCGCGAAAAGGGCGAGAACACAGACGUAAAGAGUCUGAAGCCGGAGGGCAGCUGGCAGCCCUGCUUCGUGAUCUACGAUCUGCUGUACUUUAAUGGCCAGAGUCUGUUGGAUCACACAUAUAUCCACCGAGCCUACAAGCUGCAGAAAAUGAUUGUGGAGCAACCCGGCGUGCUACAGUUAAUGCGUGCUCGAAAGAUCGGCUCCGUCGAGGAGUUCAACGAACUGUUCCAGAAGGCUCUCGAUUCCCAUGCCGAGGGCAUUGUGCUGAAGAAGCAGGGAUCUAAGUAUCAACCUGGCGUGCGAUUGGGCGGUGGCUGGUACAAGGACAAGGCCGAUUACAUCAAGGGCUUGAUCACGGAGUUUGAUGUGCUGAUUAUUGGCGCUUUUUACAAUCGCAAGCGCACCUUUGUGGAAUCCUUUUUGCUGGGCGUUCUCCAGCCAGCGCCGCCGGGUAGCACCACUCGCCCCGAGGUCUUCAGCAUCGGUGUGGUGACCAACAAUACGAAACAACGCGGAGUUCUGAAUCACACACUAAAGCCACAUUGGCAUGAUGUUGUGAAGGAGCCGCCGCCAUUGUGGUUUCACUACAAGGAGACUGAACGUGCCGGAUGUCCCGAUCUGUGGAUCGAUCCACAAAACUCAAUCAUACUACAGGUGAAGGCCGCGGAUUUGACUCCGAACGCGGCAUUUUUCACCCGCAAAUCACUGCACUUUGCGCGCACCGAAAUGAAGCGCGAUGACAAGUCCUGGAACGAUUGCAUGACACUCCAGGAGUUCAAUGAUCUCUGCGGAGGUGGCACGGCCAUCAAGAAGCUUAACAAGCGGCAGCUGCGAAUGGAGGAUGUGACGACCAAGCGCAAGCAGAUGCGAAUGACUCCUUCGGAGAGAAGUCGCCUGGCAUUGGCGGUCUACGAAAAGCGCUGCGGCGUGGAUCCCUCCACGAGCAGCUCCAAACUGUUCGAUGGCCUGAGCUUCUGCAUUCUGAGUGGAGCGGCUGGGCGGCAGAGUAAGAAGCAGUUGCAAGAGCUGGCCGCCACAAACGGUGGCUCCAUCGUUGAGAAUCCGCUGCCCAAUGAUCCCACUUGCUUUUGCAUUGCCGGCGAUGAGACGUUUCUGGUCAAGCGGCUCAUUCUGCAGGAGCCGCGUACCUGUGACAUUGUGCGCAUGGAUUGGCUGCUAAGGGUCUGCCAGAAGCAGGCGCUCGAGCUGCGGCCCAAGGAUCUAAUGGCGGCCACCAAGCCACUGCAAGAGCAACUGGCCGAGUGCUUCGAUGGGUGGGGCGAUAGCUACAACAAGGAUAUUGAAAGCAUCGAUGAGUUGAAGGAACUGCUCCAGGACAUUGAAUUGGUGGAUGAGGAUUUAGCAGUGGCCUCCACAUCUGAACUUAAUGCUCUGGAGGAUCAACUGCUGAAGGGGAGGAAAAGCCUUAACAUUUUCCGUGAUUUCCACGCUUUAUUUUACAAUCCGCAGGGCGAUGAAUUGAGCAAGAUUCUGUUUCUGCAAAACGGCGGCAAGUUGGUCGACGAAUCCGAUCCGCAAUUGAAUCUGGGAUUCCGCUGCAUGUCCGCGGACCUGGAUAAAGAUCACUUUGAGAACUGGCUGCAAAACCAAUCCAACUUGGGUGCAGAAAAGGUUUUAAACUCUGCCUGGAUUCAUCAAUCAGUGCAAAAGGGUGUGCUCGUGCCCAUGCAAUCUUUUAUCUAGUCGUUACAUUUUUUAAAGAUUUAUAAUUAUAUUUAUAGAUACUAUUUUUGGUAUAGCUAAUAAAUUGUUAAUAUAUCUUA